AUGUGGCGGAAAUAUUGGACAUUGCUAAUCAUUUGUAUCGCCAUCAUACAAUCCAUGCCCAUAGCAAAUGCAUGGAAAGGCGACAGGCAUCUUAGCACUGCAGACACCACUGAUGUUCAUGAUGGACAACAAAAAAAUGGAAUGAACAUUAAUCAUGCAGAAAAUUCAUCACUGACCCCGAGGUCACCCGAUGUAGAAAAGGAUAAGGUUCAAGAAAGUGGAUAUAUAGAGAAUACACUUCCAAAAAAUGGAGAAGAAACCAACAAUAGAAACCACCUCGAAGGAACGUUUGGGUUGCGAUCAGAGUCCAAAGAGAACUCAGGAACAAUGCGAAACAAAAGUAUGAAAAUGCAAGAAGGGAUGCUGAAUACCGAAUACUUUAACACACUCUUAGUAGUGGUAGCCAUAGUUGUUGCGGUCCUCACUAUGGUGUCAAACAUAGAAAUGAGGAUUCAGGCCAAAGAUAGAUUCAUGAGGCAAGCCUUCGACAUAUGUGUCAGACAGGUAGUUAUAAUGAGCCUUGUGACACUAAGCCUCUAUAUGGUCAUGCAUACGGAUUUGGCGGAACGAUUGGAUAUGCUUUUCGUUAGAGAAUCGAAACAUAUCGAGGUAUUCGACACGCUACUGCAAAUAUCAUUCUUCCUUUUUUGUUUCUUCUUCCUAUACUGUAUAUAUAUAGGUAUUGUGGUCAGCAGAAGCAGCAAAUUCAUCAGGGAGGCGGACGAGGCAGACGUUGUAACAACGGCAAAGGAAUACGAUUUUGUCAAGAAUAGUUUGAUCCACUGUGGAAACACCGUUGUAGACAAGACAAAGUACUUGGUCAACAGAAUGGAAUUCAGUGAUAUGGUCAAACAAAGGGGAUAUUCUGAUAAUUGCGGGUGUUACUUCAUGGACUACAUGAGGGCGUCACUGAUACAGAUAGCCACGACGUUACUCAAAAUAUCGCGGAUAGCACUGUUGGUUGCACUAGCGGUACUUGUAGUAUUGAGGAUCGUCGGGACCGUGCACAUAUUCCGGACGAUAUACUACGUCACAGUGCUCAACACCCUUGCGUUCGUCGCUCUGGCGCUAAGAUUGUCGUACUUGGAUUCGCAAUUGUAUCCUCUGGAUUUAUCGCAAUACCUGUUGUUGAAGCUCAACGUGGGAAACGCGGGAAAUGCGUUACAACCACUCUAUAAGGAAGGCGAACAGGAGUCCUUCGCCUAUGACGCGGUACAAUCCUGGCUAUUUGGAGAAGGGACAAUCAAUGCACAUCAAAAUAUAUUCUUGCUCAAGCAAUAUGGUCCGCUAGUUCUACAAAGCACAUUCGGGACUGUCCUGUUUUGUCAUCUCAUGAUUCUCGCGGUUUGGUGCUAUUGUUUAAGACACGGCGGCACACUGUUGUUCGAAGAUGUGCAUGUAGCUGCGCCGUUAUUCGCAACGGUACUCAUCAUAUGCCUCGUCCCGAAAAUACUAUACUCCCUACUAGUAGUAACCAGGUGUGGACAUCUCAUUGAUUUCGAUCUCUUGGACAACAUCUUGAUGACGCAGAAAAACGAAAACGGGAAGAAUGCAGCGCAGUUAAUUGAUGCGCUGGCAAUGGAAAGUGUAAGAUUCUCUUUGGAAAAGGGCGGUGAUGAUUGCUGGAGGAUGUUGAUGGCCAAACAAAAGGCGCUACCUGAAAAUAUCACCAAGCAAAUACGAUCACACUGGGACGCUAUAUGUAGUGGACAUUCCAAGGUCAACGUUCACCAGCUUGUUAAAUAUCUUCAAUCACAAUGGGGAGGUUCGGGUACAUCUAAUAAACAUAGGAUGAAGGAGUUCGUCAGUCAAUUUAUGCGUCAUGAUCCAAGGUCCAUGAACAGAGAAGAGUUCAUGGUAUUAGGGUAUACCAUAAAGCACAUGAUUUUGGUACCAUUGGAGGAUGAAAAUCUCACGAUUUUGUUUGAGCAUAAAUUUGAAAUUCCAUGGAAGGCACCUUGUGGAAUCGAUCUGAGCAAUUUUGAUUCUAUCAUACGAAAGCUGAACCUCAAAUGGACAAAGAGUGCUCAAAGGCACUUUUUGGAAUUCAUAGGUGGGGGGGCCGCCGAAGGGCUGUCGCCGGAAUAUCUCAUACAUCAGCUCGACAACUUCCAGCAAGCCUGCCAAAAGAACUAUUUUAGUGCUGUAUAG